ACAGAAAUUUUAUUAUUAAUUGACAAAAUUGCCCCUGUGACUUCCCUGUAUCUGUGUCACUCAUUGGCUUCUUCUUUCCUCGCCGGCAAUUCCUUUUCCUACGCCAAACCUUCUCUGUGUGCUGUAAAUCCAUCCUCACAAAACCGGAAGCAAAAAAUCCAUCCUCACACAUCGAUCGAUGACCCUCUCCUCUCUCUAAAAAAUGAGCAUCGAGAACGAUGAUGAACCAUUAACGCCGGCCGGCCGGUUGUUCAUUCAGCCGGCGACUCACCAGAUCAUCAACUGCGCUCUCGGCCUUGAGCGUCCGAUUGGAUUUGAUGAAGUCCUUUCCGUCGUCUCCGAUUCUCUCAUGAUCAAGCACCCUAGAUUCACCAGCCUCUUAGUCACCGAUAAUCACGGCCGUGAAUAUUGGAGAAAAACCGACCUCCAACUCAACCGCCACAUCAUCCUACACUCCGAUCCCGUCGGAGAAGCUGAUAACGAUGAGGCCGCGGUCAACGAUUACCUCGCCGACCUCGCAGUCUCCACUCCUUUGAGCCACGAUAAACCGUUGUGGGAGAUUCACAUUUUAUCGGCUCAUAAAUCUCUUGUGUUGCGUCUCCACCACGCGCUCGGCGACGGAAUCUCUAUCAUGUCAUUGAUGUUAACUCUGUGUAGAAAAUUAGAUGAUCCUGAACAAACCCCGACGAUCGAACCUCUGAUUUCAUCCACUAGAUCAAGCCCUAGACGAUUAAAAACAGGGGAGAAGUUUUUGAAAGUGGUGAAAAUGAUUUGGUUUACUUUGAUUUAUCUGUUUGAGUUUUUAUCGAGGUGUCUAUGGGUGAAAGAUAGAAAGACAGUGGUGAGAGGCGGAGAAGGGGUGGAGCUGUGGCCGAGAAAACUCUCCACCGCCACGUUCAGCCUUGAAGACAUGAAAACGGUGAAAAACGCCGUCAACAACGCGACGAUAAACGAUGUACUCUUUGGUAUAAUAUCAUCAGGGCUAUCAAAAUAUUUAGACAAAAGAUCACCAAACUCUCUUGAAGAGGGGCUUCAAAUCACCGGUGUCGCCUUGGUUAAUCUAAGACCAUCACCGGGACUUCAGGAUAUGAAAGAGUUGAUGAAGAAAAAUGCAAAAUUAGGGUGGGGAAAUAAAUUCGGUAUUAUGCUUCUACCAAUUUACUACCAUAAAAAAGGAUCGGAUCCUCUUCUGUACUUGAAGAGGGCCAAGAAAAUGAUUGAUCGCAAGAAAUUGUCAAUUGAGGCAUUUUUGUCGUAUCAGAUUGGAAAUUUUGUUAUGAGUUGGUUUGGACCAAAGUGGGCAAGUUUGCUUAACAACAGGAUAAUUUGCAACACUACUUUCACGGUAUCAAAUGUUGUUGGCCCAAGAGAAGAGUUCACGAUUGCUGGCAUUCCGGUUACAUAUCUCCGAACAACAUCAUCAAGCUUAUCACACGCGAUCACAAUGCAUAUGUUGAGUUAUGCGGGAAAAGCCGAUCUACAGAUAUUAGUUGCAAAAGAUUUGAUACCCGAUCCUGAUAAUUUAGCAAAAUGUUUCGAAGAUGCGUUACUUGAAAUGAAAGAAGCUGUAUUACAAAAAUGAGGGGAAAAAACAUUUUGAAUUCGUACAAGGUUUAUAAAUUUUACUUUAGUGUAUAUAAAAGUCAAAUUCCACUGUGACUAUAGUGACCUUCUAUUCCGAUUAUGGCAAACAUUUAAUUAACCUACAUUAUAUUCUUAAAUGAAUUCUCAUUUGACUAUA